AUUGUUGUGUCAAAUUGUAAACAAUUUCCUUAAUUCAAAGAAAUCUUGUUAAACACGAUCAAUUUAUAUUUUGAAUAAACGUUUUAUGUAUAUUCUGUUGUCAAUAAUUGAAAAAGCAGUAUGGAGAAAAAACAGUUACGACAAAGUAUCACAUCCAUGUCCGAUAAAUGGAUUAAAUGCCAAUCGAAGCAACGGCCUGGCAAAUAUUAUAUGUUCAAUAAAGAAACUGGUGAAACUCGAUGGUGCUCUGAACUUGAGGAUGGUUUGCUGCGAACGACGGGAUCAAAAGAUACGAAAAAUUCAACAAAAACACCAACGAGCAUUGCAAAACCAAAACUUAAAACUCCUGCGAAUGAUCGUCUUAAACGGUUGCAAAAUACUCUAAAGAAGGACCAAAAAGAAAAACAGGAUCAAAAACAGGUAACUACACGCAGGCGAAAAAGUCUAGAUCAAUUGCCAGCAACUAGAAAUGGAGAAGGUGAAAAAGACAAACAAAAAGAUAAUGUUCAAAAGAAAACUUCAAGCAUAUCCAAAUCACCUAAUACGUCUCCAGAGGUCAAGAAAGAUUGCCAGCCAUCAACGAGUAAAUGUGGUCUAAGGAUUGGCAACGAAAUGGACAAACGGUCAGAAAACCGUUCUCCACAAACAAAUAAAACAGCAAAGAAGUCAAACCAAAAAGCACCAAGUAAAGAAGCCAAAAAGCGGUCGAAUUGUGAUUUAUCAACUGCAGAUUCCCCUAAAAAACGCCAAAAGUGCACCAAACAAAAUCCGACUUUCAAAGAAAAGGAACCACCAAGCACUGAUGUAAAUACAAAAGAUAAGCCAAGCACAGAACAGCCUAAACCCGAGGUAGGCGGUAUUGGCAGCAGCUUCGUAAGUAAAAUUAAAGCAUUUUGCAAGGACAAAUUUAGUAGUUAUUAUAAUGCAAAAAAAGUCGCAACUCAAAAACCUUUGCAACCAUGCUUAAAGAAGACAAACUUCAAAAUACCUAAAAAAGUUCCUGAUGUACUUCCUGCCACUACAAAUUUGAAGUUUCAAAAAAGGGAACCUGAAAAAAGCGUAAAUGAAUUGUACAACAACAACAACUGUAUAACAACUGCUCCUAUGACUAUUCUAAUGAAACGCACGGCGACGCCAAAUAGUGGCGAGGGAACCGUAGAUUUUAAAGCCUUUUCGGUAACUGCCUCGCCAUCACAUACGCCCAAUAACAUUAUUCCAGUAUAUCAGCGUGGUAGUGCUAACUCACGCUUACAGCGUUUACGAAAUUCUUUAAAUCAACAAAAAUUAACCGCUGAUCCGGAAAUCUCAACGUCAACACGAUUGUGUGCGUCGGCAUGUUCCUCCGCUUUAGCAUGUGUUAUACGUGAGGCAGCAAUUCCAAAUAGUAGUCCAAAUAUUAGUCAACCCGAUGUUGAUUACGCAGAACCCAUGGAUUGGUUGCCAAUUGAGGAAUUGAAAACAGAGGCUAUUGAAAUAUCUAGCAGUGAGUCGAAUAAUGGUACGCAGAGCAUUCGCGCUGCAGAAGUUGAAAAUAUGGGCGAAUAUUAUGGCACCGUUAAUAAAAAUUUAUUACGUUAUGCAAUGGAGCAGAAGCAGGGUGGCUUAGUAAUGACUGAAAAAUGGCUCAAUGAUUACUUUUAUUUUAUAUUAGAUACAAAUGUACUAAUUGAUUACUUAGUAUUCCUUGAAGAAUUAAGCCAUAUGAAAUUAUGCGAUACCAGCGGCACAAUACUCUACGUACCCUAUAUUGUAUUGCAAGAGCUAGAUAAAUUAAAACAAUUCGCCGUAAGCGAAGGUGCCAAAGUAAGAGCAGUGCGCGCUAUAAAAUACCUGAAUGCCAAGUUUGAGACAAAAAAUAAGCAUCUACAAGCCCAAAGCGCUAUGAGCGAACUGGAACAUCUUGUAGAAAUCACUUCGCCAGAUGAUCGUAUAAUCAACUGUUGUUUACAAGUUAAACAACAUGUGGAUAAUGUUAUCUUAUUGACUGAGGAUAUAAAUUUGCGUAAUAAGGCAAUUUGUAAUAAUAUAUUAGUUUCGACAAAAUCGGAUCUAAUUGCUAAACAUACAUAACACAGCUUCUAAUUUAAAGAGACAAGUCGCAUUUAUUGUGUACGAAAAAAAAACGCGCUCUGAAGUUACCUCUAUGCGCUAAACAAGUGAUUUACUGCCAUAUCUGUUGUUUAAGUUUUUUGGGAGCUUGUUGUUAUGUGCUUGUGUGAUAAAUUCGAUUAAUACAUGUGACCACCUGACAAAUUUCUGAUUCCCGUAGAUUCUAGCUCAAAGCGAGCGCAUUCAUAUAAUCAUUCAUCUCGUCGUCAUUGAAACCAUCACUUUCGAAACAAAUUGUGAUAUGUAAAGAAAAAAAAAACACACACACACACAAAUACUAGGUUAACUGGAAACUAAUUUCUUAGUAUUAAAAUUUACUUUGUAUUUUCGUUACAAAUGUAAAUAAUCAUUCAUGUACAUUUUUUACACGAAUUCAGAUUGUAAGCUCGUUAAUGAAAUAAAACUCAAAAAUUUUCAAUUUAAGC